UGAAGUAUUUGCAACUCCUGCAAGAAAUGCAACACAUUGCACAUGCUCACACCACAAAAACACACACAUAAAUGGACAGUUUUAUUUGUAAACCAAAGCAAGAGGUUUUGCAGCAGCUGCAGCCUGUGCUGGCUGAGAAGAGCCCGGUCCCAGAGCUGAGCACACACGGUGCAGGUGCUCCGUGUGAGGAUGAGUCACUUCCAGGCUCUGUCAGUAGUCUGGGAAAGCCCUGGCCGGCUUACAGCAAAGGAGGGGCCAGAGGAAGAAGAGGGAAGCAGGAAGAAACGCUGCGGCCGGGCGCACAGUAGGCCCCUGACAGCCUCCCACACUAGGCCCCUGACAGCCUCCCACCAAGCGGUCUCUAGUCGAAGAAACGCAGCAGCAGCGAUGCGGCCUGUGAUCCUGCUCCUGUUCCCGAUGCUGCUCCACAUGCUGCACUCAGCCUCCACCUCUCUCCAUGAGCUGUCUGCCCCCGGUAACGUCCGCAUCGAUUCCUACAACUUAAGGCAGGUUCUGAGGUGGGAUCCUGUGGAAGUGCCGAAUGAGAGGACACCUGUGACUUACACUGUGGAAUUUGUACUGUUUUCCACCCAGUCACUGAAUAACACCGGUGCGGCCAUCACGAUAGGACACACGGUACCAUUUUCAUUGCAGGAUUCCAAAAAGGACUCGGAGGUCAGGUACAAUGACAACCGUAUACUGUGUGUAAACGUCACAGAGACGCAGUGCGACUUCUCGCACAUAAACCCGUUUUGGAGAGGUAGACUGAAGGUGCAGGCUCAGCUGGGAGGGCAAAGGUCGGCCUGGAGCCAAACCCCAGUUUUCCAAGCAAGUAGAAACACAAAGAUAGGUCCUGUGACGUCUCUCAUCCUGGAUUCCCAUUUGGGAAAGCUGAAAGUAGAUUUUUCUCCCCCUUUCACACCGAUGCCCAAAGAAUGGAAGACCGCUUACCAGCUGUAUUACUGGAAGGAGCAUUCCGGGGAAGAGAAAAAGGUUGAUCUUGGCGGAAGGACAAGUUACAUCCUGGACAAGCUGGAACCAUUGACCAAGUACUGUGUACAGGUGACGUCCUCUACAGAUUAUAUUGACGGUCAGCUGAGUGAUACCAUAUGUGAAACCACAACGGAUACAGAAUUCACGACCUUGCAGCUGGUGAUGAUUAUAGUCCUUAGUUUCUUAGGCUUUGGGUUGUUUGUGGUAGGUGCAUAUCUGGUGCACAGAAAAGGCUGUGUUCUACUCAAGCAUCUGCUUUACCCCCCCUUCGACAUGCCUUCACACAUGCGCGAGUACUUACAGUCUCCGCCUCAGCAUGCUUAUGUGGAAAGUUGUGUCCCUGGCGAUAACGAAGAUCCAUAUGAUGAACUUUCCCUUGUGGAAGUAGCGUGCUCUCAGGAAGUUAGUGAAACGCGUACCGAGGAAAGAUUACUGUGUUCUGAGAAAACCUGAGGGGUCUGUGGGAGACUGAAGGACAGUACGGCCUACAGCUCAGCUCAGGACAUGCCAUGUGAGUAAUGGGACUGCAGCACAAGUGAUCGCCACAUCACAUACACUGUGUACUUCUGGUCCAUGUGAUCGCCACAUCACAUACACUGUGUACUUCUGGUCCAUGUGAUCGCCACAUCACAUACACUGUGUACUUCUGGUCCAUGUGAUCGCCACAUCACAUACACUGUGUACUUCCGGUCCAUGUGAUCGCCGCGUCACAUACAGUGCGUACUCGCAGUCCACGGAAUUACCGCCGAACCUGGAGGAACAGAUGACACGUGGCCAUCCAGGAUUUCCACGCUAAGCUUCUACAUGUCGGCAUUGUACUUGCACUACGGGAGCAGACAGCGCUGUACAAAUGAUGCUGGUUUCCUGUUUGUCUCAGGAAUUACUUCAACCUAUUAAGUUACGCCAUUUAAAAGAAAGACUCCAAGAACUAACCUUAGCCACCUGUUAGAGAUUCCCGCAUUGUUUGGACCAUGUACAUUGUGGGGGGGAAGGGAAGCCUGCAGCGCGGAUGACUGUCAUGUAUUUAUCGGUACUUAUGGACCUGGCAUAAAUGACUAAUACAGAUAUUUUCUUUUUAUGGAGGAAUUAAAUUUGUUGUGCCAAUGCCGAAUUUCACCUUUUGCACUUUAUACACGUCCCAUGGAGAAGCCAUGGCCACUUGUGUCACAUAAUUCAUUAUAAAAUUGUCUCGCAACGGAAGGUGUAACGGCGCAGGGAAAACUGCACGCGUCCGGUUAUGAGGAUGAACUUGUAAAAUAACGUUUCGUUGUCGCAGAAAACCGAAUGGCAUUAUUUUAUUUAAUACGUCUGUAAGAUAUUCAAACUGUUGAGAAUUUUUCACUCGCUGUAUUUAUUAAUUGUAAUAGUAAUUGCAGCAUUUCAGUAAUGUUUACAUUAAUGGAUAAAAGUUUACAGAGAAGAAAAAAACUUUGCCAGUGUUACGUUUGCAGUUAAUUCAUAUGAGGGUAUAGGUAACCAAUUUAACACUAUGAUCCCUGUAAGUGAAUUUUCUGUAGCCAAAGAUUCUAUCUUUCUAUCCAUAAAUACAAUCAGUGAAUUUGAUUUACGUACAUUGCCAAAGAUUAUUCCUGUAUAACUCACGUCUAAGAGUAAUCAGUUAUGUUCUACUACAUAAAAGUAAUGUCAGUGCCAGCAGCUGUGCGCGCCCAAACAGAGCAACACUAGAGUUGCUCCGUUAGGCACCAUCAAGUGGCCGCUGGGGCGCAAAACGCUUGAAUUCCCCCCAUAGAGGUGAGGAGCAGCGUUAUUCUUUUAUUAUCUGGAAUGCAAGAACUUCAGUUCGUACAUCCUAUAUAAUAAAAGAUUGUUGUCUCUUUAAGACAGAAUUUAGACCCUCAAUAACCAGCAAUGGUGUGUGCAAUACAUGGAAUUAAUCCCUAACCAUAAGUACCUUAUACAAGUUAAGACAUGAAUGAAAUGUUUUAAUCACUAUAAAUGGAACUCGCAUCACAAUUGGUCCCACAGAAACUCAGGACAAACAGUUUUCGACUGUGAAUAAAGUAUUUAAACCUUAUUUAGUUCUUAGAAAGUCCAUUCAGAAACUGAAACCACUUGGAUUUGACUCGUAGAUGGUGCAGGGGGUUAAGCGUUUGGCUAAAGGACAGAGAACAAAGUGUCCUAGUGAACGGUUUAAGUUGUGGCUACAAAGGAAGUCACAGAAUUAAGAUUUGUAACCUGCUUAAUGUCAUAGAAGAGGAAAGACAAAGACGUAAAGAGUUACAGAAAAUAGAGUGAUGGACUUGAGAGUGAAUUAUGCUAUGGCAUUAGUUGAUAUGAAGGUCAUUGAGUAACACAGUGGGAACAGCAAGUAGAAGACUUGGUUGUAUAAGAAGUGGGGGGAAAUUGCUAUGUCUCCAAAGAGACAGUAAUAAAAAGCAAAAUAAUUCAGAGAAUGGCUACUGAAAUGGUGCAUGGGCUGGAUACGAAACCUUAGGAGAGAGCUGAACCUGUAGAGCAGAGGUUCCCAAACACAGUCCUCAAGGCACCCCAACGGUCCUGGUUUUAAAUGUAUCCAUGCUUAGCCACAGGUGACUUAAUUAGCACCUUAGUCAAUUUGAUUUAACCAUCUGUGCUGAGCCAUGGUUAUACCUAAAACCUAGACUGUUGGGGUGCCUUGAGGACCGCGUUUGGGAACCUCUGCUGUAGAGUCUAGUGAAGCAGGGACAGAGGUGAUAUCAGAGACAUAAUAGCAGGUAUACACCAAGCUCAGGAUUAGGAUGGCCAAUCCCAGGAUCGGGUUCCUGGGAUUUAGGCCAAAAAUCACCCAGGAUUCAGUCCCGGGAUUGGAAGCUCCAAUCCCGGGGAUUUUGGGAUCAGGCAGUCCUUUGUUUCUCUAACGUCCUAGUGGAUGCUGGGGACUCCGUCAGGACCAUGGGGAAUAGCGGCUCCGC